UUGCAUUGCUCCAUCGACCCUCUCAUUAUCAGAAUUGUACAGGAUCUUGCCGAUAUAACAUUCAAUUUUUGGUAUCGUCUAUCGGAAUUCAUUUACCUGCGAAACGAUGACGAAUUAAAGGCGACUUUUCAGUCGUACAUCGAACGAUUGGUGAUCGCGCUCUAUCGACACUGCAGGUUUGACCCGGAUCACGUAAGGUCAUACUACCUUUUGUCAUCAUCUGACUUUUCAGAGUUCAGGCGUUUGGUGGCUGAAGUAAUCAAGGACGUGGUGUUCAUCAUUGGCUCCAAAUCGCUCUUCCGAACGAUGUUCCAGUGCGCCAAGCAGAAUGCUAGUUGGGACGAAACCGAGUCGGUGUUGUUCAUCAUGACAGCCGUCGCCAAGAAUCUGAUUCCUUGGUUUGAUGCGCAUGAUUCUGCAAUCAUCGCAGGGAUUCUGUUGUUUAAAGUCUUUUCACCGGUCACCUGA